AUGAUAACGACCAUUCUUAGGGACAAACUUCAUUUGAUAUUUUCUUUCUGCCUUAUUACGUUUUUAUUUUUGUCAUUCUUUCAAUUCUUUUUCAUUUCUUUUCUUUCGUUUUUCUUAUAUUUUCGUCCUCAUUUUUCGUCUUGCUUUCUCUUUCUUUCCAAUAUUUUCAUUCUUUCUUCCUCGUUUUUUUUUUCUUAUUUAUAUAUUGCUUUAAAUGUCUUUCUUUCCUUCAUUUUCAACAUUUUUCCGGUUCAUUUCCUUUUUUUCUUGCUUUUCUUUCUUUUUCUUUUAUUCUGGCUUUUAUAUUUUGAUCUUUUUCUUUCUUUCUUUCUUUCUUUCUUUCUUUCUUUCUUUCUUUUCCUCUCACUUGCCUUUUCUUUCUUUUUCUCUCACUUUUUUACUUUAUCUGUGUUUCCCCUUUCUUUCCUUUUCUUUUUAUUGUGUUCUUCUUAUUUCUUUCCUAGAUUACCUUAUUUAUUCAUUUAUUUUUCAGAAUUAUUAUAUAUCUUUUCACCACCUUAUCUCCGUUUUUUUUCUUUUCUUUUCGUUGUUUCUUAUAUAUAUACUUAUUUUUCUCUUUCUUCUCUCUUUAGCUUUGUUGUAUUUCUUCGUUUGACUUUUUCUUUCGUUUUUCUUUCAAUCUAUCAGUAUAUCUUCUCUUUACUACAAUACUUCAGUAUUUAUUUCCAUCUUUUCUUUCUUUCUUUCUUUCGUUCGUUCUUUGAUUAUUUUUAUAAGCCAUUGUUUCUUCUUUUCCCUUUUCUUAUAUCUUCCUACACAAACCAUUUUCCUUUUACCGUGUAUCAAACUUUUUUUUUCCGAUUGUUUCUAAUUUCUUUCUUCUUUUCAUUAUUUCUUUCUUUCUUUUUUUUCUUCCUCUUGUGCUAA